AUGUCGGCCGCGGGGGAGGACAUAGUGCAGCACCUCUCGUCGAAUUCCAACCCGUCCUCGUCCAAGCUCGCCAAGCUCGAGGCGCGCAUGGCCGGCAAGGCCGUCUCGGUGCCGCCCCCGUCGCCGCCGCACCACCCGGUGGUCGCCCCCGCCUCGGCCCCCACCUUCAUGGACCAGGAGGAGCUGCCCGAGUCCUCCUCCUCUUCGGAUGAUGAUAAUGGCGAGGAGUUCUUGAUACAGAAGAACACACUGAAGCGUCCGAGAUCCCCGGAUGAUGACCAUGGCCUAGCUCUUGGAAAUUUUGAGGGAUCAGCUAAUGCGGCAGCAAAAGUAUUAGAUGUCAUGGACACACGACUCCCUUCGGAAAACCCAAGCAGAAAAAGGCAGGGCCGUGGAAGGGGACGUGGUGGAACAGGACGAGGGCGUGGCUCAAAGACGGUUGAUCAAACGCGCCAUACUUCGGCUUCUUCAGUAACUGUCUCAAAUGGUCAACAUGACAAAUUAACCAACAUGGAUUCCCGAACAAGUGUUCUACCUGGGAAUGAUGACAGGACUGCUUUACACGAAGAAUUAUCACUGUUACGUGGUAAAGUUGCAUUUUUGGAGGAGGAGCUUAACAAAUCGCGUCAAGAAGUAACGGAGUAUCACCAACUUAGUGAUAGGUUAGCUAAGGAAUUGAAGGAUUUCAAGGAUCAAGAUCAACAAAAGAAAUCAAAGCAAAUGAAGGUCCUAUCUGAUCUGCUCAUAGCAGUAUCAAAAGCAGAAAGGCAAGAAGCACGGAUGAAGUUAAAGCAGGAAUCUUUCAGACUCGGGAACAUUGGUGUUAUGAGAGCUGGGACUGUCAUAUCUGAAACAUGGGAGGAUGGUCAGGCAAUAAAGGACCUUAAUGCGCAUCUUAAAUCAUUGCUGGAAACUAAAGAGGCUGUUGAAAGACAUCGUAAAUCUCUAAAGAAACGACAAUCAUCUGAUAAGGGUGAUGGAAGUGAUGCUGAAACUAGCAUGUCCGAGGAAGAUUUCCUCUUACAGGACGAGAUAUGUAAAUCUCGGUUAACAAGUAUCAAGCGGGAGGAAGAACAGUAUCUGCGAGAAAGAGAUCGAUAUGAAUUAGAAAAGGGUAGGCUUAUACGUGAAAUGAAGCGUCUCAGAGAUGAGGAUGGAUCCCGCUUUAAUAACUUCCAAAUUCUUCACCAUCGAUAUGCUCUGUUAAAUCUUCUUGGAAAGGGAGGGUUUAGUGAGGUGUACAAGGCUUUUGACUUGGUGGAAUACAAGUACGUGGCCUGUAAACUUCAUGGUUUGAAUGCUCAGUGGAGUGAGGAGAAAAAGCAAAGCUACAUACGGCAUGCGAUUCGUGAAUAUAAUAUCCAUAAGACUCUGGUGCAUACAAACAUUGUCAGGCUAUGGGACAUAUUCGAGAUUGAUCACAACACAUUCUGCACUGUCCUAGAAUAUUGCAGCGGCAAGGAUCUCGAUGCAGUCCUUAAAGCAACGCCAAUUCUUCCAGAAAAGGAAGCAAGGAUCAUAAUUGUUCAAGUGUUUCAGGGCCUUGUUUAUCUUAACAAAAAGGCUCAAAAGAUCAUCCACUAUGACCUCAAACCAGGCAACGUUCUCUUCGACGAAGUUGGUGUUACAAAAGUCACAGACUUUGGCCUCAGCAAGAUAGUGGAGGAUGACGUUGGGUCUCAGGGAAUGGAACUCACUUCGCAGGGAGCUGGAACCUAUUGGUAUCUGCCACCAGAAUGCUUUGAUCUCAGCAGAACACCAUUUAUUUCAUCUAAGGAACAUACAAGGGGAGAGAUUGAGCUGGCGGCACCGUACAAGGGAGCUGGGUGGGAGAGAGUGGCUGUGAGUGAUGAUUUAGAGCUGCUAGGGUUUCUGUUGGGUCAUAUAGGCCAGGCUGUUGGACCUAAUGGGCUGGCUCAGGGAUUCCUGUUGAUCCAAUUGUCACAUAAGGUGGAUGUUUGGUCAGCUGGUGUAAUGUUUUAUCAGAUGCUAUAUGGGAGGCGUCCUUUUGGCCAUGACCAGACCCAAGAGAGAAUACUUCGAGAAGAUACAAUUAUCAAUGCACGCAAGGUGGAAUUCCCUUCAAAGCCAACUGUAUCAAACGAGGCAAAGGAACUGAUACGCCGUUGCUUGACAUACAAUCAAUCGGAGAGGCCAGACGUACUAUCAAUAGCUCAAGAUCCUUAUCUCUCUUAUGCAAAGAGGAUUCGUGCUAUCGGGGAGGGAAAGAGGAAGAGGCAUGUGAGCUGGCAAGGUGGGAGCAAGGUCGUUGAGGUGAGGGGCGAGGAGGACCUAGGACGGAGGAUUGUCGCCACCGUCUAUAGCCAGAGAUACAUGAUGACCGCGUUCAGUAUGCUUAUAUAUGGGCCAGAUCACAAUUAA